UUAUAUAAAUGAAACGGAUAAAAUUUUGAUCAGAUUAGUAUCAUUCUAUCAAGAGUAUAUACAAUCACUGUGUUAAAUCAUUCUGUACAUUAAAUAAUUUUCAAAAUGAAACUACAAAUUGCUCUGAUCGGACUCUGUUGUGUAUCUUUUGCUCUUGGAAAUGAAAUGUCACUCCAAGCAACAAAUCUUGAAUCUCGUAAUCUCAAUGAACGGGCUAAUCCAAUGAUGAUGGGAGCAAACCCAAUGAACCAUGUUAUGAACCAGUUGAAGUCCAUGGAAAAACAAAUGGGAGUGAUUCAAGAAACUCUUCGACGAAACCAUGCAAGGAAAAAUUCGUUGACAAUGAGACAGUUAAAAGACGCUAUGGAUGAGGCAACCAGAAACAUAAAGGAUAUGAGCAAUAACGCUAUGCGAAAAAUUACUUCCAAUGCUGCCUCACUUGGUGGACGUUCAUUGGGAUCAACUAUGAACCAACAAUUAGCUGGAUUAACAUCAGGACAAUCAUCUGCCGCUGCAUCCACUUCAUCCAAAGCUGCAGCCAACUUUUAAGGCUACAAAAAAUGAAACGCAUUAAAAACUAGAGUCAAAACAAAUUUUGAUUUUU